CUAACCUGACAUGUCUAGCAGAUUGUUCCAUGGACGGAAUUGCAACGCCCCUCGUCCCCAUCAUGAAUUUCGUUUACCAUCUGACAGGUAGCUAGCUUCUGUCUAAGCUGCUUCUAUCGUGAUCUGGAUCGGGGCGCUUUCCUAGGGAAGGGUUGAGACCUGACAGGUGGGACUAUGCACGAGUCUGUUCCGUUCGAAUAAUAUAAUAGACAUGUUCCCAUCUCUUUGACUGUUAUUGACUCUCUAACAUUUACCUUCUUUUAUCCAUUUUCUUCCCAUUCAUUCGUUUUCAAGUCACUCGUUCUCUUCUUCAACAUGGUCAAGAUCAAUUCUCUUCUCGCCCUCGCGGCAAUUGGAACGGGUGCGCUGGCACAUCCUACCAUCAAAAAGAUUGACCGACGCUUCUGCUCUUUGGAGGAGCGCAGCGUCUUCGCCCGUGACGACUUGACAUCUCGUGCGGUGAUCCCCAAGGCUACUACAUGGAACCCUCCCUCCAACAUGGUCACCGCACUCGACCAGGUCUGGGCACGAACUCUCCAGGAGAACCCUCAGGGACUUCAGGACAAGAACUGGAUCACCGAUCAACUCAUGGCCAAUAACGGCAGCAUCAACUACUGCGUCCGCUGGAACCACAACGGAAAGAGCACUGCGGCUGCUCGUGCCAAAACCGUCACAGCUCUGCAGCGCAAUCUCCAGAAGUGGUUCGACGUCCUCGUUGGAUUCGAAGGAUUCCCUCUGACCAAGCUGAACGUCAAGGUCGUCGGCUACGCAGUCAAGAACAAGAACCUGCUCGAGGGUGAUACCUCUGGCCUUGACAUCUACACCACCACUGAUCCCGACGGCGUUCCCGAGUGCGACGUCCGCUGCUACCGCGCUGCACACCUUGAUGGCAACUUGAGCCAGUGCCCCGGCGGUGCCGACAGCCGCUACGACAUCAGCCUUUGGCUCGACCAGAGCCUCGAGGGCAAAAUGGGUGGCUUCGGGUACAACUGGGGACAGGAGCUCGGUCCGGAUUACUUCUUGAACAACAUCGAUAGUGAGAACAUUCAUAUCCUCGAGCACGAAAUGGGCCAUGGCUUUGGACUCCUUGACUUCUAUGACUGGACCCCACAGGGCCAGACUAACUUCAUCAUGAUGGCCGGCAGCGCCAUGGAGGUUACCGAGUUUGAUGCUUGGAUGCUCCGUGAUUGGUACAGGAAGUUGAAGGCUGUUCGUGGCUGGUAGAAAAAUCAUCAGCACGAUGUCAAGGGGGCGAACCCACGACGAAAAUAAAAAACUCUGGACCCAAGGGUUCUUCCAUUUGAAUGUUGCCGAGAGAGACUGGCGAUCGAGUUCCAUGUACAUAUCUUC